CGAGAGACCCCCAGUUUCUCAGGACAUCUUGGCUUUUGCUUUUCCGAAGACCUUCUGGGGAAAGCAUAUUUCUCAUCUGUGAUAUUUUUCUUAAAUUGCCUUUUUCGCUUCAGGAAAUUAAUGUUUUCCUUUGGAUGUUUUGGCAAUGACUGUGUGAAUUAAAGGCAUGCUAACAUUUCCCUCCCUAAAUUGUUAAAAGCUAUGGACGGCAGGAAGAUGGAGCGCUUCUCUUCCAGUGUGAUUUUGAUCAUGGCCAUUUCCAGAGCAUUUGAACUGGGAUUAGUUGCUGGGUUGGGCCACCAUGAACUUGCACGUCCAUCUGAGAAAGACCUGGCCGCCAGAGAUGAUGGCAUUCGGUCCCAUGAGGAGCCUGCAAUUCAUCCUCGGUCUUCCCAGUUUGUGCCAUCCAUGGGAAUACAGGACAGUAAGGAGCUAAACAAAACCUGCUGUCUGAAUGGGGGAACCUGCAUGCUGGGGUCCUUUUGUGCCUGCCCCCCCUCUUUCUAUGGACGGAACUGUGAGCACGAUGUCCGCAAAGAGAACUGUGGGUCUGUGCCCCAUGACACCUGGCUGCCCAAGAAGUGUUCCAUGUGUAAAUGCUGGCGCGGCCGGUUCCGCUGCCUUCCUCAGACAUUUCUACCUGGCUGUGAUGGCCAUGUAAUGGAUGAGCACCUCACAGCUUCCAGGACACCAGCAUCACCACCGGCUGCAUGCACCCCUCUUAUGCUCGCUGGCAUCUGCCUUUCUAUACAAAGUUACUGUUAAUCGUCAUUUGCCUUUUUCCGGAAAUACAAUUUUAGAUGUCACGCAAAUUCCAUACCCAGGAAAGGCUGCCACUCCAAUGUGCUAAGUGAAAGAUGAUUAUUUCUUAGUUGCCUUAAAAUAAUGAAUACAUUU